AUUUCAAAACAGCAAGCAAGUUUAGUUGCAGAGGACCUUGUAUAAUUGUCUAAAAUCUGCGAUCUAAACUAUUGUCAACCUCAAUUUUACUCUGUGAUUUUACUUUUUAUUAUGAAGAACACAUUAGCGAGCAAGAAAUUACAAAAUUGUAAAGAGACAAGGUGCAUGGGAUGUGCAACUCCCAGCACAUAUUAUCCAAAAGCAACGGUCGUAUCGAAUUGGAAAAGGCGAAACGAUUCCUCCAACGUAAACUCAGUUCUGAAACACGAAUAUGGAAAACACUCAUGCUACCCUGCAGAAUUGGAAGCAAAACGAAAUGAAGCGAAGAAAAAAACAGUUGAGCUUUGUAACAACUGCUACUGUACACAAAAAGGAACAAUACCCAUGCUGAGUUGUAGGCCGAAAACGUGUAUUGCAAAGGAAAGAGAAGAGGUUUCUAAUUUGAGAACGAGUCCAUUUCUAAUCUGUGAUCAUGAAGAUAAGAUUGACCCUUCUUCAUCGAGUCUGAACAACACGCUUAUAACAACCGUUAACACUGAUGAAGAAUUUGAUUAUACUGAACAAAGAAAAGCUUACAACCGAUAUAGGGGCGAAGAUGACAAACCACUAGACUCCGCAGUGAUGACAGACGCUUCUGAGAAAAAUUUGGAGAAAUCUGUUACAAUGAUUUACGGCACAAAUAAACCAGGGACAUCACAGACAAGUAGUUACUUUACUUCCCAGGCAAGUUCGGAAGAUCUGAAAGCGUUUCGGAAUGAACACUAUUUUGAAACUCACUCUUCUGAAAAAUUUGAAAAAGAGGCGCCUGAACACAUCUGUACCUAUCAGUUCAAAUUGGAUGAUUCGGCGUUACUUCAGCCGUUAAAUACUGACUUGUAUGGAAAAAGCAGAUGCAUAGUUUGCAACGUCCCUAUGGAUCAAAGGAGCCUUGAGCAACAAAACUCAUAUUAUGACCAUUAUUCAAGUGACGCAAAAAUUAGAAAAGCUGCCCUAAUAGAUAAAUAUGGACUUGUUCCAAGAACUGUUGGUAUCACAGGGAACAAAAUGAAAAUCCAGCUCAAGUGCAGCGCAAAUGAUUUUGAGAAAUUGAGGGAUGCUUACAAAAUAAUCCAGAGGCCCAAGUAUUGCAACACUUUUGCUUUGAAGCAACAGAAGAUGAUUUUUUGACUAUAUUUUUUAUGCUUUACAAUAUGAAAUGUAUCACUAUGUAUUUUUAAAAAUAUAUGGAUAACAAAAAACA